AUGCUGGCCGCCGAUUGCAUCGCUUUGAAGGCAAAGGAUCAUCAUGAUCUCAGGGAUGUGAACACCUUAUUAUCAGGGACUGCUAGGGCAACAGUGAUCCGCAUUGAGCUGGCAAACGGAUCAUGGAACUUGAACAAAAUGGUAGCCGACUACAUGUAUGAGGAACACUCCAGAAGUGGCCCAUCUUAUGAUCCAACCAGCAUGAAAGGUUAUCAUUACUUAGUUGAUUGGCCCCUCGAUGAGUCAAAACUGGAAGCAAGGAUGUCAUAUGCAAUGGAAUUAACAGUGGACGGUGCUCAAAUCAUUGACAUAGAGAGGAUAUGGCUGUGCAAUGAACUAAGCUCCGAGCUGAAGGAUGUAUGCCUUUCCUUCUCUCUUUUUCAUCUGCUGAGAAGGCGCUUCUUUGGGUUUGUGUGUGCUGAAUCUUCACAGCGAAAAACACAUGAUUUUGUCUUCAAGGGGCUUUUGUCAAAGAAUGAGGACGGAACCCUCAAUUACAACAGGAUCUUCAGGGUGAUUGAGGUUGAGUUAACUUUUAUGUAUGAUUUCUUCUUCACCAAGUAUGCUGUUCUUUACAACGGAUCUAAAAAGGCUUCAACAAUUUGGUCCUUAGCAUCAGCCAGCUUAAUGUCUGUGACAAUCUACCAGCUGACAGCCAGUGUUCUUUCUAUAAUCAGAAUGGGUCUGAAUUCAAGGAUACGACAACGUUUGACGUUAUUGUCACAAUACUGA